GCGAUAGCAAUCUUACGGCUGUAAAGGAAUCAUCGAGGGUGAUAACGCUCUGACGUGUUUCCAUCCCGAAUGGCUGCUCAGGCAAACCCUGAUUCCAAGAACUGUUUUCAAGAUCGACGUAGUACAUGGCCAGACUGUUUCUGUCCGUGAUGGUGACCCCAAGGAGGAAGAGGUAAAAACCUUGAGCAGGUUGCAGAGAUCUAUGCAGACCAAGAUAAAGAGUUGUGAUUUUGCAUCACAUGACGACAGCUUUGACUUGUGCGCUGCUUUUAGAAACUGUUCUCUUUUGGACACUGUAGACAUGGUCAUGGACACUCUUGAGAAUAAGACCAAUAACAUCGUUUAUGUCCAAAACAUGGACCUGCCAGUGCCUCUUUCUACAACUGCCAAUUCUUCCAUGACCGAAAUGGUGACGGGUCUGGAAGAGCUAGGCAACAUGCCUAUUUCUGGGAUAUCGAAGCCAUCCGUUUAUGUGGGACUGAAUACUCUUUCUUCGGCUGCCACCGCGAAGACAUGAGCUUCUGUGCCCUCAACCGCCACGUAGCUGGAGCACCCAAAGUUUGGCUUUGUGUACCUCCCGCACACUACGGGGCGUUCUGCACUAUGAUCAGGAACCUGCCAAUCCCUGUGGAACAGACUUCGCUACUGUGCCAAGUUCUCCAUAAGGAGAUUUGGAUAGACCCAAGAAUGGUCAUUUCAUGUGGAAUACCAGUGUAUCCGAUUGUUCAAAUGCCACGGGACAUUGUAUUGCUGCUGCCCAACACUAUACAUUGGGGGUACAACAUGGGUUUCAACGUGAAUGAGGCUAUAAAUUUUGUAAAUCGUAGCUGGAUACCACCUGGAAUGCUGUCACACCAGAGAUGCAAGUGUACUAAAUGGUUUUGCCGAUUUGAAAUCCGACACAUCCUUAGGGCACUCGGAGUUGAGGAUAACGACCUCAGGACAUGGGAGUCCGGAAUGAAGUUGGACUUCAUAAGAAGGUUGAUAGAAGCCCAGCCUCUGUUGUACCCUCAACUCAGAGAUCUGUAUGAAGAGAAAGUAGACAGCAAUUAUCUUCUGGCAGACACUGAAGAAGAGCAUGACGAGCAACACGAAAUGUCACAAGCCGUCCGUCCGCAGACCCAAAUGUACACAGUGCAAGUAUUUCCCCGACAGGAAGAACAGCGAUGCUGUGAAAAGAAUCUACAAUCAUGCUGUACGUUGCCAUGGUAAAUUGGAGGCGGAAAAAAUCAGGGAUGAGAUCAUUGCCCAGUUUGGCCCUGCUGCAAGAAAAUAUAAGUGCAAAACUAUGGUGUGUGGCAUUUGCCAGGCCGAAAUAAGAGGGAAGACGCAAACAUGGUGGACCACGAAAACACCAAAAAGUGCAAGAAUGCAGCUGAGGGACGUACGUCUGCAUCCGUAGAAUCUGCACCACGUACCAACAGGUCAAGACGGAAAUGUAAGGAUUCAUAGCGUUGUAUGUAGAUGUAGAAGACAUGUUUCACUUGCGUUUGCUUCUGGCUGAUGAUUUUUGUUUUAUUUAAUAUUUUAUUUAGUUUUUGUUCGCCUUGGACAUAAAUGUACAGGUAGCUGGAUGUCAGCUGUCUCAUGUAGCCAUAGCAUAAUUCGAAAGGAAUAUCUCCCGCAUUCCAAUGGAUGCCAUGUAUGACAUUGGUCGUAUAAUUGUUCUGACGCAUGUAUUCGGAGGUUUCAGAGACUCGCAGUGUGGGGACUUGAACAUCAUUGUGUUGGUGAUGUCCCAUUUUGAGUUGUAGAUACAGAACUCCUUAAUGACAUAGUUUCCCUCAGAAUCUCUGAGCAUUUGAAUGUCACAGAAGCCGUGCGCCAUGAUGAUCGAGAUAAGGUGAGUGGAACGAGCGUCCCUACCCAACUGAAUUACGGUCCGAGAUCAUCAGCGAGAGCUAUCGGCGUGCACAGCACGUCUGUGAG